GUAGUGAUCUUGUAACUGAUCUGUUUCUUUCAUUGUAAAAGCUUUUUCUAAAGUGAAGUCAUGUGUUCUACAAAAAGUGAUUUUAUAAACGAGAGCAUCAAAUUCAGUAAUGAUGUUGGAGAUGCGUUUGGGUGUUCGAGAAACAGCGUCAGUCCUCUUAUGGGCCCUUUACAAACGGCACCCACAGAACGUUAUGCUGCGCACUACAAUAUGAAUCAUCCAAAGCGUGGAUUAGCUAUUAUUUUUAACCAUGAAUUUUUCACUAUUACACAUCUUAGAGCAAGAUGUGGAACAAAUGUGGAUUGUGAAAAUCUUGUCAAUACUUUGAAAAAUCUUGGUUUUGAAGUAAAUGAUUUUCAUAAUUAUACACAUAGAGAUAUAGUGAAAAAUUUAGAAAGAGUUGCUGCCUUGGAUCAUUCUCAACAUGACUGUCUAAUUAUAGCUAUAUUGAGCCAUGGAGAAUUAGGAGUACUUUAUGCUCAUGAUACUUCAUAUAAACCUGAUUCCAUUUGGAAUCACUUUACAGCUGAUAAGUGUCCUUCAUUAGCUGGUAAACCAAAAUUAUUUUUUAUACAAGCUUGCCAGGGUGAUAAAUUGGAUUCUGGUACAACAUUGAAAGAACGUACAGAAAUAGAUGGUCAACCGGCUUCAACAUUCCGCAUACCAAGUCAAGCAGACUUUUUAAUUGCUUACUCAACAAUACCAGGUUAUUACUCAUGGAGAAAUACUACUCGUGGCUCAUGGUUCAUGCAAGCAUUAUGCACAGAAUUGCAAGAAAAUGGUACUCGCUAUGAUUUGUUAACACUGCUCACAUUUGUUUGUCAGCGAGUUGCUCUUGAUUUUGAGUCAAAUACUCCUGAAAAUAUUACAAUGCAUCAACAAAAGCAAAUUCCAUGCAUUACAUCAAUGUUAACUCGUUUAGUAAAGUUUACUCCUCCUAAAAAUGGGAUUGUGUAG